CUAGCCAUCAGUCUUCCAAGCUCAGAUCAAUCAUUUUAAACACCUGACACACUGUAAUUGUCACUGUGGACUGCAUAGCCUGGAGGCUAUUAAAUUAGACACCUUCUGCAGCACUAGCACUGGGAUCUAAAUGGAACGCAUGUCUCUUUUAUUCAAGCCGGUGGACAAUAGACAGGACUGCACUGUAUUUUACAUGAAGCAUUAGGAGCCUUGAGAUGCAUGGCAUCUAUUCAGAACCAGUGACUGAAAACUGAAUUGCCUUUGCUAGUGGAUAUUUUAUUCGGUGACUUUUUUUUUUUAACCCAGGGAAUGUGAUAUCAAGUCUGGUUACCAGAGUGGUAUCAAUUUUAUUACCGUUUUAUCUACUCAGAAGUCCGAACAACACAAGUUUAUAAUUUCAGCACCUGUAUUUUACAUUGACGCUUAAAAGACUUGAAACUGGGUAAGAUAUAUUAUAUAUUGCAUUUGCAGACAGAAACCAUGUUUGUUGCUUAUUUGUGUUUAGCCACACACACAUAUAAAUUACUCUUAUAUUUGUCAUUUAAUAAUUCAUUGGCUCCGGUCAACCUGGCAGAUUGAGCAAUUUAUACUGGUGUAGUGUUUCAAUAGCUUUCCAUGUGAGCUGACAGCGGAGAGGGACAGAGAGACGGUUGAACAGGCAGCUGGCAGGGAAGGAAAGGAGGGAAGUGGAGACUUUCCAGCAUUUGUUCGCCAAAACCAACAAGAAGCUAUGGCAAGCACUGGUCUGCAGUUGAUCGGCUUUACUGGCGCAGUGACCGGUUGGGUGGUGGGCAUCGCGGCCACUGCCUUGCCCCAGUGGAAGGUUACAGCCUUCAUCGGCAACAACAUCCUGACAUCGGAGGUCAUUUGGGAAGGGAUCUGGAUGAACUGUAUUUACCAGACCACAGGACACAUGCAGUGCAAGACCUACGACUCCAUGCUGGCUCUCCCAGCCGACAUCCAAGCGGCCCGGGCCCUCAUGUGCUUUGCUAUCUUCCUGGGCAUGCUUUCCAUCCUGUUGACCUGCUGUGGUUUGAAGUGCACCACAUGCGCCAGAGAUGACCAGUACACCAAGACAAGCAUCGCCCUGACUGGGGGCAUCCUAUUCAUAGCCACCGGCCUCUGCAUCCUCAUCCCAGUCUCCUGGACUGCCCACACCAUCAUCAGUGACUUCUACAACCCCCUGGUGCCCACUGCCCACAAGAAGGAGCUCGGGCAAGCCAUCUAUCUGGGCUGGGCAGCUGCCGUCGUCCUGAUCCUGGGAGGUGCCCUCCUCAGCAGCAACUGUCCUCAAAGUGAACGGGACUACAGGAGGGGCUAUGGCAGAAACCUCAUGUCCAACAGAGCAACGUCUCCCCCCAAGCCAGCUUCUGGAGGCAGCCUGCCCAUGAAGGAGUAUGUCUAAUGGGAGAACCUUCCGCUUGAACCCAGAAGGGGAGUGAGAGACGUGCAGAAAACAUGCCUGACUUAAUAUUCAUUCAAAACGAAAAUGAACAUUUGAAUGUUCUUUAAAUUUUAAUUACAAAAGGAAAAACAAAUUGUAGCACUAAAACGAACGUGGUAACCCAUCAAAUUACCUAUUAAACAAAGGAGAGAAACGCUCUGCUGUACAGUAGAAAGUAUGUUAUCUAUUUCAUAUGUCGUUAAUACAUGGGUUUUCGUUGAUACAGCAAUUUAUAAAUAUAUGAAAGAAUACCAACAGCGCCUUUUUUUUGCCACAGAACACAUUUCAGUGUUUGUACGAAUAUUCAAACAAAGGUGUGUAGCCUUACCGUUUUUGCAGAGCUCUUGCUAAAUUUAGUUGAAAUUGUUUGUAAUAUUCUAUGUGUGCUAUAACUUCCAGUUUCUCAUAAUUUUCUGCACCUCUUUAUUGGUGGUCGUAUUUUGUAUCAUAUCUCUGAACUUGUAAUAAGGUUUGAGUUUUGUUUCUAACAAUAUCUGUAUCCUAAUCCUACCACCGCAAAAAAACAAAACAACAUGCUGCUGAGGUUUGUUAUUUGCAGUAAUUGGUAGAAAUGAUUUCUCUUAAUAAGCUACGGUAUCAAGUUUUAUAACAAAGUAAAACUAUGAUUAAGAAGACAAACUUUAAUUUUCUAAUAUCUUCACUGGUUUCCAAUUGAGUUUUUGUUGUUGAAACAGUUAUGUGCUUGACUUGACACUCUCCCCAUUGGGCCAGAUGUUUGUGCUUUUGUGUUUGCUGUCCAGGAUUUCAUCUGCACCAAAGAAUACAAAAUUAUAUUAAAAAAAAAUACAGCUCAAAGAACAAUACGAUGGAACAAUAUUAUUCUACUUUCACUUUUUUAUGAUGUCAGUAAUCAUUGUAAAUGUUUCUUUUUGCAAUUACUCAAAUAUAUACAUAUAUAUUUUUUAUAAGUUCUUUGACUGGGAGCUCUGCAGAUGCUCUUCAGUUCUAGUUGUCUGCUAUAGGACAUGUAACGUAGACUAGCUAAGCCAAAGUUUCUUUCUAUUAGCAAGUGGCUGUAACAUCUGAUGCACUGCAGUGUAUUGCCAGCAAAACAAAAGGAAACUUGAUCCAAAGUGGCAGUACACUAGAUGGCGCUGGCUCUUACAUAAAAAGACAUUUAGGCUAAUCUGGCCAAUGUUACAAAUAUCUAUGGCAGGUGAACUGAAAGUUUUUUUUCCUGAUUGAAUAGCAUCCACGAUUAGCAGCCAAUAAUUAAUAAAGGCAUUCAAAUAGAUUUGGAGCAUUUGUCACUGAAUGUAUUACUUUUCUUUUAGUAUUUCUAUGUGAUAAAAGGCAACAACAUUUCUCAGGCUAUACUGUUGCCAAGCAAAGAAUGGCUUUGUUGAAUGUGAAAGUGACCUCAGCUGUGCAAUACCGUCCAAAACCUGAACACCUACAGGUCAGAGUCAAUUAUAAACUGCUUUAGCCCAAGGUGCAGUCAUAACUUGUAAACUGUUCUGUGGUGUUGUCAGUGGUCCUGUGUGUCUGACCAAUGGCCUUAUUAAUAAUAUACACUCUUUGAGUAGAUGUUGUAACACAGUGUCCAUUCUCUGUACUCGAAUGGCAUCAUUUUUUUAUUGUCUCUUAAAUGUGUUGUACCUUGCCGAAA